AUGGCCGUCGACACCGCCACCACCGCGCCUUCCCAACCGGAAGGCGGCGACGGCGCCGGCGAGGCCGUGCGGCCCCUCCUCUCUGGCGCGCCCGCCAUUGAGGAGGAUGAGGACCUGGACGUCAGAUACGCGCCGUACGCGCGCCGGGACGCGUACGGGCCGAUGGGCCGCGGGCCGCUCCCCGCGGCGCAGGUGGCGCGUCUAAUGUUCGCGGCCGCCGUGCUCCUCCCGCUCCGUCUCAUUGCCGGGAUGCUCCUGGUCGUCGCCUACUACCUCGUGUGCCGCGUGUUCACGCUCUUCGCCGACGUAGGGGAAGAGGGCCGUCCCCGAUUACAUGGGUGGAGGAGGGAGGCAUGUCUGGGUGCUGGCCGUGCAUUGUCGCGGGCGAUGCUCUUCGUCUUCGGCUUCUACUGGAUCCCGGUGUGCGAUCGAAGAGUCCCAAAUGCAGAGGAUGUACCUGAAAAUCAGUCUGAAGAACUGGAAAGACCAGGAGCGAUUGUGUCUAAUCACGUAUCAUAUGUGGACAUUCUCUAUCACAUGUCAGCUUCUUCUCCGAGUUUUGUUGCUAAGAACUCCGUGUCCAAGUUGCCGUUGAUUGGUCUCAUAAGCAAAUGCCUCAGGUGCAUUUUUGUUCAACGAGAAUCCAAAGGAUCAGAUUCUAGAGGCGUCUCAGGUGAUGUAACUGAAAGGGUCCAAGAGGUUUCUCAGUACAAGAAUUCCCCUAUGGUGUUACUCUUUCCUGAGGGUACUACUACUAAUGGGGAUUACCUUCUCCCGUUUAAAACUGGAGCAUUCCUUGCAAAAGCACCAGUUCAACCUGUCAUUUUGAGAUAUCCUUACAGUAGAUUUAGUCCAGCCUGGGACUCCAUAGACGGGAAACGUCAUGUAUUUUUCCUCCUUUGUCAAUUUGCAAAUUACAUGGAGGUGGUUCGCUUGCCUGUAUACUAUCCUUCUGAACAAGAAAAGGAGGACCCCAGAAUCUAUGCCAACAAUGUCAGAAAAAUGCUAGCAACUGAGGGUAAUUUAGUUCUUUCUAAUCUUGGGCUGGCGGAAAAGAGGAUGUAUCAUGCGGCACUUAAUGGACUAUUGUGUCAAAGCUAAUUUGGAUACACAUGAUGUUAGUUUUACUGCUUGCCUUUGUACAUUGCGAAUGAAAUUUUGUCGCUAUUCCUUUUUCCUUAUUGAGGAGAGAGACCAUGUAAAUGUUUGCACCUUUGAAACAAACCUGAGUUAGGUCUUUAGGAACAGAAGAAUUAGAGCAGCAGAGGGGUAAAGGUUGGAAAUUAACAUUUGUUUAUUUGAUUUGGCAUUGAAAUGCACUCAUGCGGAUUUAA